CUUCUGCGCAUGCGCAGAAUCAAAAAUAAGCUACUGCGCAGCAGAAAAUUCCGCGCGUUAUUUUUGAAAUUAGCUUUUCGGGUUUACGAAAGUUCCCGAGCGUAUUUGACUAUAUAAAUCAUUAGAUAUAUAUUAUAAAGAGAGACUGUAGUAAAAUAUAAAAUAUAUCGUGAAGUUGAUGUUAGAAAAAAGAAAAAAAAUAUAAGGGUAGAAAAUUUAAAUCACCGAAUCAAUUAAUUGUUGUCGGGUGAUAGUUAACAAGUUAUUUUAAGUGAAGUUUAUUGUUGCGUUCAUUUAAUCAAUAGUUUAGUGUUAAAGGUUAUUAAUUGUGGAUAAAAAUAUAUUUAUUAUUAAUAAUAAUAAUAUAUUAUAAUUAUUAUAAUAAUAAUAGUAAAAGUUCAAGGGGUAUUUUUGUGUUAUAAAAUGAUUAUGGUUUUUUGAUAAAUCAGUACCUGGAUAAAAAUUACUUAACUUCACUGCCGGUUUAAUAAAAAGCUUCAAAAUUGAUAAAAAAAGCAAAACGUUGGAGAUGGAGGUGGGAGUUGUGAAAAUAGCUGAGGAUAGAGAUUUUGAAAAGCUUAAAAAAUUGUAUGAUGAUAACAAUGACUGGAAGCUUGAUUAUAAUAAGCCUGAUUUGUCAGUGUGGACUAAGCAUGUGCCAGGAAUAAGCUUCAAGAUGAUUAAGAUAAGAACCAGAUUCGCAGAUGUUGAACCAGAAACACUGUAUGACGUCCUGCAUGAUCCGGAGUAUAGAAAAGUUUGGGACACGCAUAUGAUCGAGUCUAAGGACAUUGGGUUUUUUAAUCCCAACAAUGAUAUCGGUUAUUAUUCAAUGGCCUGUAUAUCUCCAUUAAAAAAUCGCGACUUUGUUCUGCAAAGAUCAUGGUUGGAUACCGGAAGAGAGCAACUUAUACUAAAUCAUUCAGUAUUCCACAAGGAUCAUCCACCGAGAAAGCAUUUCGUUCGAGCUACCUCUUAUUUAACAGGAUACGUUGUAAGACCAUCGCGCAAUGGAGAUGGUGUAGAAUUAGGAUAUGUUUCUCACACAGAUCCCCAUGGUAAAUUGCCCGUAUGGCUUGUAAAUAAAAUCACUCAGAUAUUUGCACCCAAGAUGGUUAAAAAAUUACACAAAGCAUCAAUAGCAUAUCCUGAAUGGAAGAAGGCGAACAAGCCUAACCACAAACCCUGGCAUUAUCCUGAACAAAUAAUGGCGCCCAGAAUACGCGUUGAAGAUUGCGUAAAAUCUGUUGAAGAAAAAAAUAUGAAAAAUAGUUACGUUGAUGAGUCGCAUUUGAAAGAUCAAAUAGCCAAAGAUAUGAUGAUUAUGGACAGUGAUUAAUUAAUUUAUAAUUUAUUAAUUAUUAAUUAAUCAUAAUUACAAUUAAAAAAUAAACUUGUUAUAUUUGUUAUGAUUAACUAGCAAUCAUAAAAAAAAAAUAGAUGCAGUAUUACAGCCUAACAAUAUUAAAACACUAAUUAAUUAAUUACUAGCAACCUUGCAAUCACUAUGAGACUUCCGUGAUUUGCUAAUUAAAAA